UAGGGGAGAAUAUUCACAUUUCCAGGACAAACAAAGAUGGAUAUGGACGACAAGAUAAAAUGGGCAACGGAGCUGAUUGAAGCGAAGCUGAAACUGGAAGAUGAACAGCAACAAAAAAAACACUCCUCUGCAAUGCCACCAGAAGUGGUCCAGUUGGAUAUUCCACAUCUGGAAAAGAAAAAACAUGGACUUAUUAACAAGGACGUUGCAAAUCUUAAGGGACAAGAAAAGGUGCGGAAGAGUUCUGUCGACCUAAGAAAGGAGAUCCUUGAAGUUGGUGGCACCGAAUACCUCUUCAAACUACACAAAAAAGCAAAAAAGAAGGAAGAGGAGAAACCAGAGCCUGAACCAGAGGAAAUUACGGGACCUGUGGCAGUGGAGGAUUUUUUGAAAGCUGCUGUGCAGGGCAGGAUACAAGUAGUGGAGAAGUUCCUGGUAGAUGGAGGUUCCCCAAACACCUGCGAUGAAUUCCACAGGACAGCUUUGCACCGUGCCUCCCUGGAAGGGCACACAGAAAUUGUAGAGAAGCUUUUGGACCAAGGUGCCACUAUUGACUUCAGAGAUCGCUUGGAUUCCACAGCUAUGCACUGGGCCUGCCGUGGUGGACACCUAGCUGUUGUGAAGCUCUUGCAGGAAAAAGGGGCUAAUCUAAAGUUGAAGGACAAGCUUCUCAGUACUCCUUUACAUGUGGCCACUCGCACUGGUGUAGCAGAGGUUGUGGAACAUCUGAUAAACAGUGGUGUGGAUGUCAAUUCCCGUGACCGUGAGGGAGACAGUGCCCUGCAUGAUGCUGUACGCCUCAAUCGCUACAAGAUAAUGAAGAUGUUGAUUUUGCAUGGGGCAGAUAUGUUGGCCAAAAAUCUGGCUGGCAAAACUCCUGCAGAUCUGGUGCAGUUAUGGCAGGCAGAUACACGGGAAGUGCUGGAAAAGAAAGAGCCAAACACAACAGAAAUGCCAACAUGAGACGUAGUUGGAUGAACAAAGCAGACACCUGCAAUUUGAAGCAAGAAUAGUUUGAAAUUUAAGGUCACAAAACCCCAAUAAAAAUGCAAUCAAAGCAAAACAAAACCAAAAAAAGUGGGGGGAAAUGCAAUUUCUAAUGGUUUUUUUUUAAAUCAAUCACAAUGCUAUUAUAUCUUUGGCAGUUGGAUGACGAGACUAAAUUCAAUAACUGAGAACCUUCCAUUUUUCUCAAGCAGGCAUUGUGAAAUUUCUGCUUGUCACACAGUUGUUAAAGGUCUGAUAAACAACCGCAAUU